AUGGAUAACCGACCAGCCAUCAACGGCCUUGAGGACCGACCUCUUAACAUCCACCGCCCGCGUGUGAACCAAGUAAAUGGCUACCAAAGCAGCAGCAGUCCCGAACGUGUGUCGGGAUAUCAUUCCGACUUCAUGGAAUCCAGUGCCAGCGUCCCAUCAUCUCAUACAUCAAAAUCCUCCACCAUGUCGGCAUCGAACGUAGCCGCCUCCCGGUCCUAUAAGGAAGCUGCCAACUUCUUCUUAACGCGUCAGAUGGCCGAUGCUCUUGCUGUGUUGCGACCAGCUUUGAGAGAUGCUGCCAGCCAAUCGACACAACGGGCCACAAGAGUUAAGGUCUGGAGUUUGUAUUUCGCCAUCUUUGAUGCCGCCGUUAAGAUGUCACCGGAGGAAGGGAAGAGGAUAUGGGGUGGACAGGACUGGAGACGGAUUGUCGGAAGAGUGAGAAAUGGUUUAAUCUGGGAUGAAGUCGAGGACGCGUAUAAGGGCGAAGGACCAAUCGAUACCGAUGUUGUAAUUGCAUUGGUUAUGUUGGUUCUUGCACACGGGAACGACCAAAAGACUACUCAGAAACAUAUUGAAGCCGCUCUUGCCGAGCUACCUUCGGCUAGUGAUAGCCCGAAAGCUCUUGCCCAGAGGACUAAACUUAUGGAGCUCUAUAUUCUCCAUGUCCUCCCUCGGGUGGACGAGUGGGAUUAUGCUCGAGAGUUCUGUCAGAUGAGUCCCUUCUUGGACGCUGACAAGAAGGAGAACUUCCUUACUGCCCUGGAAGCCCUCCAAAAGGAAAAGGCUGAACAAGAGGCCCGACGUUUAGAGGAAGAAAGGAUGGCUGCUGAAGCCGCUGAGCGUGAAGCCAAACUUGCCGAAGAGCGUCUCCGAGAAUCUGCCAGCGCUAGCGAAAACCGAUCUCGUUCUACUGUUCGAAAGGGCGACAACAAGUCACAGAGUGGUACAAUGCGCAGCCGUAAGCGUAGCACUGCUCGCAGUACCGCAUCCUCUGAUUACCGACCUGCCAGCCGACGCUCUCGGUCUCAACGACCAUACCAGGACGAUUCUGAUGAUGCUCUUUCGACUGUUUCGGGCGCCCCCCGAAGGGCGAGGAACAUCUUUUCUCAGACCUCUAACUUCGCCGGCACUUUGGUGAAAUACGUCAACCACUCCGUUGGCGCGCAGAAGACUAUUCAAGCUGCAGUCUUCAUAUUCGCCUUGGUCUGGGCUCUCGCUAAGAAAAGCGCGAGGUCCAGACUGUGGAGGUAUCUUAUGUUUGCAUGGAUGAAGACUAUGACCACGAUUGGAAUGGGUAUGAAGGUGACUUACGUUUAA